AGUCAGCGUGGUGAAGAGCUGCUGUAGAGGCAUUUCCACACGCACGGCGAAUGCGAUUGGUCUACUCACGGUAGCUGUCUGCGCUCCCUCACCUUAAAUGCUCCCUGCUGCGCUCCAUGCGGUUCCCAGAAUCCUUUGUGGGUUGGCGUCUCUCAGCUUUCCUGUGGCUAUGGACUGUCUCAGAGGCGCAAAGGCUGCGCCUCCACGGCGGAGACAAGCCCUGCGUGGGCCGCCUGGAGGUCUUCCACAAAGGCGAGUGGGGCGUCGUCUGCAACGACAAGUGGUCGGAGGUGAACAGCGCCGUGGUGUGCCGGAGCCUGGAGUGCGGGCAGCCUGUCCGUCAGUCCACCAUCAAGAAAUUCCCCCACCACACCAAGAGGGUCUGGAUGAACGAAGUGAACUGCACAGGACGCGAGCGCCACCUGUGGAACUGCAGUUUCUCCGGGUGGGGCAUGGUCACCUGCGAUGUUGAGAGCCACCAUGUCAACGUCGAGUGCUCAGGGCGGGUCGUGCUGAGUCUGGCUCACGGAGGGGAUCGCUGUGCUGGCACCGUGCAGCUGGAUCACGGGGGCAGGAGAGCCAGUGUGUGUGAAGACUCCUGGGGUGCGAAGGAAGCAGACGUGGUGUGUAGGGAGCUGGGCUGCGGGAAUAAGAUUGCCUUCUACAAGGGCGAGAUGUUCCCCAGCGAUGGCGUGGAGCUCCUCUCCCUGAACUGCAUGGGCGAUGAGCAGUACUUCUGGCAGUGUGCCCACAACAUCACGGGCAAGCCCUGCACCUCCCCAGCGGCCACCAGCGUCGUCUGCUCAGAUCAUGUCCCACUGCGUGUGGUUAAUGGUACUGAUGCUUGCCAUGGGAGUCUGGAGGUCAGGGAUGGUAUGAACCUGAGCAACCCGGCCAAGAUCUGUGAAAAAAUGCACUGUGGGAGUAACGGCAUGUUUGUGACCACUGGCAACUCGAAGAAAGUUGGCCUCAAUUGCUCAGACACAGUGAAGAUAUUGCUAGGUCACAGCAACGAUUGCUAUGGGCCAGUGCGUGUUGCCAGAGCCGGCCAGGAGGGGGCAGUGUGUGCCAACGAAUGGAACGAGGAAGAUGGGAAGGUGGUGUGCAGGGAGCUGGGCUGCGGUGAGCUGGUCUCGGUCUCCUCGGGCAGCUGGAACACAGCUGGCUGGGUGGACAGAGUGCAGUGCAAGGGCAAAGAGUCCUCUCUGUGGCACUGCCUGGCCAAACACCACAAACUCCAGCCCUGCAGCGAAGCCCGAGUGGUUUGUGCUGACAGCGUGAAGGUGCGACUGGCCGACGGGACGGGGCGCUGCGCCGGCCGGGUGGAGAUCUCAUACGACGGCCAGUGGAUGGGUGCGGCCGCAGAGGGCUGGACGUCCCUGGACUCGGACAGGGUGUGCGGGGAUCUGAGCUGUGGCGCGGGCUACUCGUCCAACACCAACAUCUUCAGCAGAGGGGGGGUGUCCGUCUUUCCAAAGACACUGAGCUGCUCGAAAAAACACAAGACCUUGGCCCAGUGCAUAACAAAGAAGCAGAGAACAAAAGAGGAUAUCAUUAACGUCAUCUGCACAGAUCACAGAAGCGUGCAGCUGGAGGGGGGUCCCGGCCCCUGCUCGGGGCUUGUGUCUGUCCGUGGCCCUAACGAGACCUGGUGGCUCAGCGGGGAAUCCUGGGAAGAGGCAGCCGCCACUGUGGUGUGCAGGCAGCUGCAUUGUGGGAAUCCCGCUGCUUUUGAACGCAGGCCCAACGGCAGCAGGAGCCUUUGGACAAAGAGGUACACCUGCUCCUCCAACGAGACGACACUGUUCGACUGCCCCUCGACCCCCGUGGCCACAAACACAGGCUUCGCCGCCUUCCUCAGCUGCUCAGGUCUGAUAACCGUGAAGCUGGGGGAGCAGUGCUCGGGCGCCGUGACGGUGUGUCUGAGCGCGACCUGCGGCGUCGUCAGCCGGGAGGUCUGGAAGAGCGAGCAGGCGGAGCUGGUCUGCCAGGAGCUGAACUGCGGGAAGGCGAUGGAUCCGGUGAAUCCCCCCUCGCGGCAGGACCAGGUUCUGGUGAAGAGCGUCCACUGCACCGGCCAGGAGACGGUUCUGGGCCAGUGCGGCUUCGUGCUGAACACUGACACCCAGUACAGAACCGAGCCCGCCUUCGUGGUCUGCGCAAAAAGCGUGAAGGCGCGCCUGCUGGACGCCAGGGACCAGUGCUCGGGCCAGGUGCAGGUGUACCACUCCGGGGGCUGGCGGCCGGUGUGCUCCGCUACUCUGAAUAACAAGGAGCUGAGAACCAUCUGCAACGAGCUGGGCUGCGGCAAGCCCGACGUGAACGGGACCGUCGCCACCUACCUGCCGGUCAACGGUAAAGGGAUGAAGAGCGUCAAGUGCAAAGAGUCCGCCGGCCGCCUGUCCGACUGCACCUUCGGCCCGGAACUCCAAUCAUGUAAUCUGGCGGGCCUCCGGUGCUCCGGCUGGAGAAGGAUGCUGUUCACCGGGAGCCGCGCCUGCUCGGGGGAGCUGUUCGUCCUGGACGCCGCGGGUCUGCACCCCGUCAGCCUCCAGCGCUUCACCAAGUCGGCGGCCGGGGCGCUGUGCCAGCAGCUGGGCUGCGGGGCCUUCCGGAACCUCUCGCACAGCCCCAGCGACCUGAGGCAGUGGUGGAACAGCAGCUACGACUGCAGCAGGACCGCGGGCAGCGCCAGCGUGUGGGAGUGCGAGGCGAGGGCGAGCGGGGCCGCCGGGAACCUUCAAGCCUUCGUCGAGUGUUCAGGUGACGUCACGGCCCAGCUGGCGCAGCGGCACAGCCGGUGCUCGGGGGAGGUGAGGAUCGGCGCGGACGGCCAGGUGUGCGGCCGCCCCUGGGGGGCCGUGGAGGCCGCGACCCUCUGCAAGGAGCUCCGGUGCAGCGCCGCCGUCCCCGAGGAAGCCCCCGCGCGCCCCCCGCUCCGCGCCCCGGGCUACAGCGUGAUCUGCAGCGGCAAGGAGUCGGCGCUGUGGCAGUGCAAGACGGGGCGGGUGCAGUCGUGUGUGGAGGGCGCCGUGACCGUGGCCUGCGCGGACAGCGUUGAGGUGAAGGUCUCCGGCAUGUGUGGGGGGACGGUUCUGGUCCGCUACAGGAGUGAGUGGGAAGGGGUGUGCCCGCUGAACUGGGGCUCCAGAGAGGCCCAGCUGCUGUGCCAGCACCUGAACUGCGGACCGCCUCAAAAUCUCGGACAGACGGAAGUGCAGGACGCCUCUGUGCAUAACUCCUCCCUGGACUGCCUCCCUGGUGCCGUGCUGAUUAAACACUGCGUCCGUGGUAGGAAGUGCCAAGCGGCGGGCAGUGGCGUGGUGUACUGUCAAGGCUAUGUUCCUAAACAAUCCGGGAAGAGUCCCGUGUCUCUGAUUGUGGGAUUGCUCCUGGGGUUAGGUAUCCUCAUAGCUGCAGGGAUCCUGAUAGCCUGGUUCUGGAAGAACAGGAGGACCAGGAAUAAAGGACAUUCAAUAAAGAGAAGAUCUGUCUUUACGGACAGCGUUUCUGAAUAUGAGGAAGUCCCUGACAACGACUCGGGCACGACAGACGUGAUGCUGAAAGAUUUACAACCUCGGCCAGGAUCAGAGACAUCAGCUUUGCAAGUGAUUGGAACAAGCAAAUACACCUUAUCCAGAGCCCCGGUGCCAGGCGCGGAUGUCGAGAGGGGCCUGCGCGCCUCCAACUCGUCUCUCACCGACUACGACGAUGUCGCCGAGGGGCCCCUGGAGGCCCCUCCACCCCCUGCAGGCGCCAGAGACAGAGGCGAGACGGGACGGGAGCACCCGGUGACCGGCGGCGUGACCCCUGACCCUGAGCCCGGUCUCCAGCCUGAGAUCGAUGAUGACGAUGUCACCGCCCCGCCCGAGGCGCUGGUGGACUCGGGAGCCGCCAUGGAUGGGCCGCCAGAAGGGGGUGACGGUGAGCAGGUCCAGAAUCCUAAAGAGGAAGACUACGUGGAGCCUGACAUCCCAGCAGAGGACUCUAGGCACAUUAGAAGACACUGGCUAGAAGCGGUUUCAGCCUGCGGUGGAAUUAUUACACUGAAUCUUAACUGAGUUAGUAAGACUUCACUGGCCUUUAAACUAGAUUGCUUUUUUUUUACUGUAGUACGUCUGGGGUCCAUACCCUGGUUUACUAGAAUAAUGAAGAGUUUUGUGUUUUUUUAUUCAACAAUUAAACUUCAGAAUGUC